AUGCAAUAUCAUAAUCCACUUCACCACCACCAAUCCCAUGUUGGAGGUUGGCAUUUUAACACAGGGGAAGGCGAAGCGCAUUAUCAUAAUGCACACGUUCCACCUGUUAGUCCAACGAAUCCUCAACAACAUUCUUAUUAUCCCCCUUCUAAUGUCCAAUAUCCUAAUUAUCAGCAUCCUAUCGCUACUUCACAAUAUCCUAAUUCUCAAUACCCACAGUACAAUGUUCAACCACAUCAUCAACAACCUCAACAGUCACAUCCACCCGUACAAACACCUCCCAUACAAACACCUCCCAUAGAUACACCUUCCAUACAUACACCUCCCAUACAAACACCUCCCAUACAAACACCUCCGACAAAUAAUAAUUUUUCUAGUAAUCCUGAAAUAAAUAGUCAAGAAGAUCUCGAAGCUUCGCCAAUGCAUAACCCGUCAAAGUGGAAAAAAAUAUGGUGGGGUGGAUUUGCUGUUAUCAAUUUUUAUACAUUAAUUGGCACACUUUUAUUGGUUUAUAUGCUUUAUAAAGAGGCAGAUAAGAAGUCAAUUUCAAGAGAUGUGUUUAUCAUUAUCGCAAUCUUUGAAUUAUUACCACGUUUCCUUAAUAUUUAUCAAAUAAAAAAGUUCACUUGCGCUAACCUUGGUUUUUGGGAUGGAGUCGGUAUCUUCAUAGGCAAAAAAGAAGCAUAUUUGUUAUUCGGCAAUGAAUAUUUAACCGAAAAACAAGUAGGGCAAUUAUCCUUUGUUGCCGAUUUAAUUUGUUUCUUUUAUCUCGGUUGGUUAGUCUACGCGUGGCAUACAGAUUUGGGACAUCUGAAAGAGGAUAGCACACUACAAGACGACAUGAUUAAGAAGGCUGGGACGAACCUUAUACUGUUAGCUGUGGCCGCGCUGUUUUUGGUUCUUCGUGCAAUUGGAGAAUUAUUAAGAUUCAUAUUUAUGCGCGGGAAAUAUAAUCAUACUACGCGGAGAGAAAAAGAGACAAUAACCGAAUCAUCACGUGGAUUAAGUGAAUCUGAUGAUAAUAAAAGUAAAGAAGAAAGAAAAAAACUCGUCGAAGAAGUUUAA